AAUCGAGGCGUUUUUCCCCCAGAUUUCCCGCGGAAGCGGAAGCGCAGCCGCUGGAACCAGGACUCGCUGGAGCAGAAGACCGUGAUCCCGGGGAUGCCCACGGUGAUCCCGCCCGGGCUGACGCGCGAGCAGGAGCGCGCCUACAUCGGUCCCCCUCCCCGGAGCCCAUCUACAACAGCGAGGGGAAGCGCCUGAACACGCGGGAGUUCCGCACGCGCAAGAAGCUGGAGGAGGAGAGGCACAACCUCAUCACCGAGAUGGUGGCCCUGAACCCCGACUUCAAGCCCCCAGCUGACUACAAGCCGCCGGCGACGCGGGUGAGCGACAAGGUGAUGAUCCCGCAGGAUGAGUACCCCGAGAUCAACUUUGUGGGGCUCCUCAUCGGGCCCAGGGGGAACACGCUGAAGAACAUCGAGAAGGAGUGCAAUGCCAAGAUCAUGAUCAGGGGCAAGGGCUCGGUGAAGGAGGGCAAGGUGGGCCGCAAGGACGGGCAGAUGCUGCCCGGCGAGGACGAGCCCCUGCACGCCCUCGUCACCGCCAACACCAUGGAGAACGUCAAGAAAGCCGUGGAGCAGAUCAGGAACAUCCUGAAGCAGGGCAUCGAGACCCCCGAGGACCAGAACGAUCUGCGCAAGAUGCAGCUGCGGGAGCUGGCGCGGCUCAACGGGACCCUGCGGGAGGACGACAACAGGAUCCUGAGGCCGUGGCAGAGCACUGAGACUCGCAGCAUCACCAACACCACGGUGUGCACCAAGUGCGGCGGGGCCGGGCACAUCGCCUCCGACUGCAAGUUUGCCAGGCCCGGGGACCCGCAGUCGGCGCAGGACAAGGCACGGAUGGACAAGGAGUACCUGUCCCUCAUGGCUGAGCUGGGCGAGGCUCCGGUGUCCGUCAGCUCCAACGCCGCCCACAACAACAGCCCCUUGUCCAGCAGCCACCGUGCAGCCAGCCAGGCUGGGGGGCAGCCCCCCCCGGUGAGUGACACCCCAAAAAAACACCUCGGGGAACCCCCAGAGCUCACCUGAAACACCCCAAAAUCA